AUGCCGAGAACACUUUUGAAGCUCCAGGAGAUGGCCAUGGGUAUCACACAGCAAAAGGCAUUGCCUGUCCUCUCGCCAGUGUUUCUCGUUUUGUCUGUGGUAUUCUUCUUGGCCGGUCGCGGCGUACAGCCCAACGAUUUACAAUGCGUUCGGAGCAUGUCGUCAUGGUCUCCAGCAUGGGAUCAAGUUAAGCAUCACUGGGAAACGUUCCAGAAUGGCUUCUCCCAAAAGUCGAUAUACAGGGGAUUGCCUACGCUUGAGCUGGAGCGGGCGUGGAAUGACUCAAUGCAAAAACAUCCUAUUUUCGUCCCACGAAGCAAGGUUCCUACGCUAUGCGGCGAGGAGGGAAGCUGCACCGCCAGCAGCAAGGAUGUGGAUGGCGAUGGGGUACCAGCGUAUCUCGAGGUUUUCCGAAACCUCGCCUGCCUCAACCUCCUACGGCAGCAUACAUAUAGAAACGAGUAUGACUACUCGCCCCUGGCUGCAUUCCAGGGUUCGGAGGAGCAGAUCAUGACGCGCGUAGAUAGUUGUGUUCAGAGACUGCGCGGGGUGCUCAUGUGCGCCGCGGAUGCGACUCCGUACCUGAUCAUGUUGACUCCCGAGAAGAAGCAGAAGGAGUCGCCCGAUUUUAAUACGCUGCACUACUGUCGAGAUUUUGACAGGAUAUUGGAUUGGACAAGAAAGAACGAGGUCGAUGGACGGGCCGUUGAGGGCUUUGGUCUUUUUGGAGCAUUUCCUUACAUCGUCUCUCUUGCCCUUGUUUCCGGGCAUCAAAUUGCCGCCGAAAGGAUGAGGCCUCUUGCAGACGCUCUGCCAACCUUGGGUAGCGCACUUGUUUUCAUUGCCGGCGGCCUGCUGGGGUCCAUCACGACGCAGGUCCUGCUGCCGGGCGCCAGCUGGGAGAGCUGCCAGAAGCUGGGCGUCACCGCCGCGGCGCGACCGCCAACACCCUCGUCCCAGGCCCACGCAGAGGUUCAACCCGCGGCAGUUUCGCCAGACUCAUCGCAUUGUGGUGCGGCAACGAAGCUGGUGCUUCCUAAAGAUGAAGCCUGUCACGCGACCCGAGCCAACGGCACCUACAAUAUCAAAUCACCAUUCACAGGCCCGCCCACACCCGAAGUCGACGCCGCGUGGGAGCGAUACUGGCAAACAUGGAUAUUCAGCGUCGACGAGGCCGCAUUCCAGGCCUCGCGGCCACAAUACCCGCAGGCAGCGGUGCGGAUUGAAGGCGGGUCUCACCACGGGCGCUACCUGGCGACAUUUGAGGCCACUCACCAGCUGCAUUGCCUUCACAAUCUCUUCCGGGCGAGCUACUUGGACUCGUACCCAGAUGAGAAGGCCGACUACGACCGUGAUCCGCAGAAAUGGCACGAGCGCGUGGACCACUGCGUCGAGAUUUUGCGGCAGAAGCUGGAGUGCGAUCGCGACACGACCAUCAUCACCUACAACUGGGUCAAGCACAAGAAGGCGCCAACGGCCAACUUCAACGUAGCGAGGGCGUGUCCCGACUGGGAUUCAAUGGCUCGCUGGGCGCAGCGGCAUGAGGUGACGAAGGUCCCGGUCAAGGGCCCCAGCGCAGUGGAGCUGCCCGCCAUCCCAUGA